GAGGAAGCAAUCCUGGGAAAAAGAAACGGAGCCAUGCAGUCACAAGUUGUGGAUCGUGUCCGGAUCCAGGUGGAAGACACCUUUUUCUCAGUGGACAAAGAUCUUCUGGUGGAACACAGUGAAUAUUUCCGGGCUCUCUUCCAGUCCGGCAUGAGGGAGAGCACUCAAAAGGAGAUCCAGAUCAGGAAUCUGAGUUCCGCUGGAUUUUGUAUCCUGCUAAAAGUUCUGGAAGGGGAAUGUCCACUGCUGAGCUGUGAGGAGAACCUCAAAGCGGUAGAAUGUGCCUCCUUCUUGCAGGUAAAAGCCCUGGCCAGGUACUUGAUUGUGUCCAUCAAUUCUGACAACUGCAUCAUCCUGUACCAAGCUGCUGCAAUGUUUGGCCUUCUGGACCUUUUCCAUAAAGCUGCCCUCUACAUAAGAGAUAGUUACUCCGAGCUGGAGGAAUAUCUGGACUGCCUUUCUCCAGAUCUGUUGGAUUAUGUCGAGUCUCUUCUCCCCAGUAGCUUUGUGGCUGUGGGAGCUCACACACCCACCUAUGAGUUCCUGGAGGACGUCUCGCGAUCCAUUUGCUACCUGGAGGAGGAAACCAACACCUGGAGGACUCUUUGUUAUCUGCCACUCACUGCCAGCACCUUUCUAGCUGGCAUGACGACCCUAGAUAACAAAAUUUACAUUGUGGGUGGGGUCUACGGGUACAACAAGCAGGUGGUGGACCGAAGCUUUUGCUACGAUCCGGUAACCAACCUCUGGAGUCAAUUUUCUAGCCCUCAGCAACUUCGGUACGAUAUCACCUUGACAGCCUUGGAAGAUACUCUUUAUGCUAUUGGUGGUGAAUUUGAGAAGACGCCGCUGAAAUCUGUAGAAAAAUUCAAUCUAUCCACCAACAAGUGGGACUUCCUGUCGGAUUUGCCCCAAGCGGCAGCGGCUGUACCCUGUGCCCAAGCCAUGGGACGGAUCUUUGUUUGUUUAUGGAAACCUCUCGACACCACAAUCAUCUACGAGUAUCUGCCCCAGAAGGAUGAAUGGCUUCCCAUCUCGACCCUGACUCGGCCUCAGAGUUACGGCCAUUGCAUGGUGUCUCACAGGGACAACCUCUACGUCAUGCGCAAUGGGCCUUUUGAUGACUUCCUGCGAUGCAUGAUAGACCGCUUCAAUCUCACAACGAUGCAAUGGACAUCUUUACCUGGCCAGUACAUGAACAGCAAAGGAGCACUCUUCACUGCCAUCAUCAAGGGGGACACGGUUUAUACGGUCAACAAGAUGUUGACCUUGCUCUACACCAUCGAGGACAGCACGUGGAAGUUCAAAAAGGAGAAAGCUGGUUUCCCAAGGAGUGGAUCUCUGCAAACCUUCCUUCUCAGGUUUCCGAGAACAGAUCACAGUAUUGCAACAUAAACGUGGGCAACUCCGUGGAUUAUUGAGCGGUGGCCACCUGACAUCACAUCUGGACUUUUCUGGAUAGUCCGCU